AUUGACUCACCCUGUAUACCUAAUAUGGGACAUUCCAAGGGAAUCAGCGAUGCGCAAAAAUAAUGAAAAGAAAAAAAAUUAUGCAGUGCCAGCGCGACCAAAUGGCCCGAAAAUUUGGAAAGAGGAAUUUUGAGUAGCCGGCACUUUCUAUUGCUGGACGUGAGGACCUAUAAGAAGUGGAUGGCGUGUCGUGAAGCAGAGUUUCAUUACUCAUCGGCGUGUGCAGAAUUUCUUCGGCAAAGUAGGUUAGGAGAAAGUCAACUUUUUUUGUCACAAUUUGCCGCUCGUUCAGUGAGGCUCCGGCUGUUGGCUGGUGUGGUGCGAGUGUGUGUGCAUUUUUCCGGGAAAAAUUAUUUCAAGAUGGGUCUGGGAGGAAAGCAGGAACAAGAAUACACCUUCACACUGCCUGAACCUGAGAAGAAGAAAGCCUUAGAAGAACUUAGGGAAGAUGACAACAGUAGAGAACAGUCUUUGGACCAAAUGAGAGAAUGGAUAGCAAAACACCCGAAUAUCAAAAGAUGUAGAACAGAUGCCCCAUUUCUUUUACGUUUCCUGAGAACGAAAAAAUUCAGCGUUCCCCAAUCCUGUGAGAUGCUGGAACGCUAUCUGACCAUUAGACAACUGUACCCCCAGUGGUUCUCCAAACUGGACCCUGAAGACAAGGACUUGGCAGAUAUAAUCGAUUCCGGAUACUUGGUGCCUCUUUUAGAAAGAGAUAAUGGCAGAAAGGUUAUCUUCAGCUGCGUUUCCAACUUUGAUGCUCACCGAUACACCUCUGCUCACAUGAUCAGGGUCCACAGUUUAGUCACAGAAGCCCUGAUGGACGACGAAAUCAAUCAGAUCAAUGGCUACACUUACAUAAAUGAUGAAGGCGGAUUUACGAUGUCCCACAUUUCGCUGUGGUCUUUGACUGACGUCAGGAAUAUCCUCAGGUGUAUCCAGAAUACAACGCCAAUGAGACAUAAGGCCAAUCAUUUCUUGAAUAUCGCUCCAGGUGCUCUGAAACUUAUAGAAUUCGCAGUUUCACUCCUCAAUGAGAAGCUGAAGAGUAGAAUUUUUAUGUACAAAACCGUGGAAGAACUCCACCAGAACGUUGACAAAAAGGCCCUGCCCAAAGAAUACGGCGGUGAGGUAUCCUAUCAAGAAAUGCUGGACCAAUUCAAAGCUUUCCUCAAGGAGAAAAGGGAGGCUAUCCUGGCUCUGGAUGACAUGUACAUAGAAAUAGACGAGAAGAACUGUCCCUUGGUGUCAGAGAUGAAUGAAGAACUUGGUAUGGGUAUCGAGGGAUCCUUCAAAAAACUUACUGUUGAUUAGGACCUUAAUUUCAACUCGAAAUUUAUUGCAGAAUUACGAUUUUUUCCACCUGCGAUAAAUAUUUGUUGGAUUUCUAGCGGAAUGUGAUUUGCCUGAAUAUAUUUAUGUGAUAAACGUUAGAUAUAUGAUAAUCAUGACGAAAAUGAGUUAUUGGAGUCGAUUUUUCCUCACGUACUUCAUUUUGUUUUCGCCAUUUUAUUCUUUACUAGGUUUUUGUUGAAACUUGAAAACUGAUAUUUGUUACUUCACUGUGAGACCUUUUUCCUCGUUUUCUUUAGAUACACGCAUUUCACAUCUCUUUUACUCUUGAAUCCAUGUUUGGUAUGGAAGCAAGAAAAUAUUUAGAUUGGCCCUUACAUACCAAUAUAUCUGUAAUAUAAAUAUACUAUACUUAUAUUAGUGAAGCUGGCGGAGAUUUGGGAACAUAUAUAUCAGUUUCUAGUCAAGAAAGUGAGGAUCUUUUUCCACAAUGAAUGAACCAUUUGUAUAUUUUGGAAAACUCCAAAAGCUUCGUAGUUUUAAUUAGGUAUAUAUUCUGUUAUUGUCCUUGGUGGAGCAAGUUACCUUGUAUAGUUGGGUUUCAGUAUUACUGAUUCCAAACUAUCUAUGUUAUAUACCUACCUAUUUAUAUAGGUAGGUACUUAUAUAAGUGUCCUUUACUUUAUUAUGUCUAAGAUGAAUCUCUAAUAUAACCGAAUUUUGUUGUAGUGCAAUUAAUUGUAAGUAUUGUUGUUGAUGUUGUUUCUUGCACUGUUUUCGUUAGUUUUAUUCUGAUGUUCCACUAUGUUGAGUAAGACAUUAAAGCACU